AUGUACAUGAUCAAAAUGUUAGCCAAAAAGAUGAACUUUCAACUGUUGUCAAAACUGAAAAAGCGAUAUUCCAGUUGUGCUACGUUGGUGCACAAUAUAUCAAGAAACGUUUUCGUGUUUGUUAGAAAAUUCAGCCCUGCUGUGUAUGCAAAUGUCUAUCUUAAUGAGGUCACGAGUAACGGAGUUACAGGAAAGAAUAUGAAGAUUGCACCAGCCUGCCUCACCCAACUUUGUUCAGUCUUCUAUUCUUCCCCUGAACAGCCAUGCACUGCUGCUUCUGAUAAUGUUUUUAGGACAUUAGGCUACAAAGUGUGCAGUAAGAACUUCCAAAAAAUUUUGCAUUGCAGGAGCAACAUUGGAUUAUCCGGUGCACUGCUGACCCUUUUGUACGUUAAGGUAACAGAUGACAUGUUGGUCAGAACAAGCGUUGACAACCAUACCAAACUAUCACCCUCUAAAUCAACUCCCCGACCCUCUGAAGAUAUCAUGGAUGUUAUUGAAGUACCGGUGCUCAAAAGUACACAAAAUAAUGACAAAUCUCAACACGUCGAUGGACUGACAAUGGCCAUGGCAAAUGAAAACCCGUUGUCAUUAUCGCUAGCUCUAUUGUGGUUUUACUUGCAACAACAUUCAAAACCUAUUGGUGCGGCCUGA